AUGUCUUUAGAUAAACAUAACGCAAUUCCCAUUGAUACACAUGUCUGGCAAAUUGCUAAACGAGAGUAUGGAUUUAAUACAAAAGGAACAGCCACAAAAACGUUAACCACCCGGUUGUAUGAAGCUAUAGGAGAUCAUUUUCGGAAUUUGUUUGGUGAUUAUAGUGGCUGGGCUCAUUCGGUCUUGUUCACCGCGGAUCUUAAAGCUUUUCAAGAUAGACAGUCCUUUACCACGAGUGAUACAAUGUUUAAGAGUGAAUUAGAUUCGUCUGUUUUGAUAGAUUCUGAUCAAAUAGUUAUCACCAAGAAAAAAUCACGUUCUAAAAACAUUCAAAAAGAAUCAAUAUUAUUGA